UUAACAAUCGGUACGAAGAGCGUAUCACUUGAUAGGAAGUAAUUGUUUUAUUGGAUUAUAUUCUUAGUAACUUUGCCAGCUAUGUCUUAAAUGGACACAAAAUUCCAUACCACAGUAUCAGUCUAACUCAACAGACCACGUGAUAAAGAACGGUGUUAAAUUACUCAAAAUCUUCUCAUAGAUUCAUUUUACAUUGAAAAAGUACACAUGGCUUUAUCAAAAUGGCGGAGUAUCCUUGUUUUGUCGCUGACGUUAUUUACGUUAUUGCUGGUAAUUUUGGCAAUGGCCAUGAACCAAUGGCAACACAUGAGGGACGGAACAAACAACGGUAGCGUAGGCAUAUGGAGACUUUGCGCGGGAAACUCGUGUUAUUAUCUUCCUUAUUCAGACGACCUCGGUGCGGUUCGAGCUAUGAUGUUUCUGGGAAUGUUUUCCAUGCUGUCCACAAUUGGCUUCAACGUCUUAUCCACGUACGUUUACAAGGACUUGGUGCUGUUUUACAUCGCGGCGGUGGUGUCACCAUUCAUGGGAGGCCUGUUUUUGAUGAUAGCGUUUGCAGUUUACGCAGACGACAUUAAAUUAACCGUUAAUACAGCUUACGGCUCGAGUUUCGCAUUGACUGUUAUUUCGUGGCUGCUUGCCUGGAUCAUCACCGGUUUGACGGCGUAUGAACACAUAAGGAACUACUUUUCUGCCCCGACCUACCCAGAGGAAAGACGCGGACUACUUCCGGAGCGUCAGGAUCCCCAAACUCAGCCAUGACGUGCUAUUAACACAAUUUACUUAUCUGGUGCAUAUGUGCCUAACAAUAAAAACUUGUACUUAAAAAUGAUUUUUAUUUUUUGUGAUAUUGUUGCUAGUCGGUCUUCGAGUAUCAAAUUAUGCAUAAGUGCAAAUCAUUGAUGUUGCUCGAUUGCAUCGAAUGAUGAUUGUAAAUAAGUUUAAAGAAAAAAAAACGAUUACUGUUCGAGGGAAAUCUGAAAACACUUUAAUAGGAGUCGGAGCCGGCACCACAA